AUGUCAUCGUCAUAUUCAUUUACUGGUGGUAGUUUACGUUUAAAAGGUGACUCAUCAAGUACAAUUCAAGAUGGAAAAAUUUCCAAGAAACAUAAACAUAAAAAUAAAUCAAAAUCAUCAAAAAUUGUUGAAGCACCUUCAUCAAAAAUGGAACAUGUUGCAUCGACAAUAAAUAAUAAUUCAGUUGAUCAACAUGGUCCAUCAGGUAGUGGUUCAAUACGUCGUGAUUUACGUACACCAGCUGAAAUAGCUUAUGAUGAAGCAAUGGCUAAACGUGCUGAAGAAAAAGUUCUACGAAAAGCAGCUAGAUCUCAUAAAGAACAAGUUGAAGAACUUAAUUCUUAUUUAGAUAAACUUACCGAAUAUAAUGAUAUUCCUAAAGUCAGCUGGACAAAAUAA